UGCCCGCUCCCUGCUUCUCCUGGCCGCGCGGGAUCCUUAAAGCUGUGCUAUGAACGGUGAUUCUGGUGCAGCGGUGGUGACUUCACCACCUCCAACAGCCCCUCAUAAGGAGAGAUACUUUGAUCGAGUUGAUGAAAAUAACCCAGAUUAUUUGAGAGAGAGGAACAUGGCACCUGACCUUCGCCAGGAUUUUAACAUGAUGGAACAGAAGAAGAGAGUCUCCAUGAUUCUUCAGAGCCCGGCUUUUUGUGAAGAACUGGAAUCUAUGAUCCAAGAACAAUUUAAGAAAGGGAAGAACCCAACAGGUUUAUUGGCCUUACAGCAGAUUGCAGAUUUCAUGACAACAAACGUACCAAAUGUCUACCCAGCAGCACCGCAAGGAGGAAUGGCUGCCUUAAACAUGAGUCUUGGCAUGGUGACACCAGUGAAUGAUCUGAGAGGAUCAGAUUCAAUUGCUUAUGAAAAAGGGGAGAAGUUGUUACGAUGUAAACUGGCAGCUUUCUACAGAUUAGCAGAUCUCUUUGGCUGGUCUCAGCUUAUUUACAAUCAUAUAACAGCCAGAGUAAAUUCUGAGCAGGAACACUUCCUCAUUGUACCCUUUGGACUCCUCUAUAGUGAGGUUACUGCAUCCAGUCUGGUUAAAAUCAAUAUUCAAGGAGAUGUGGUUGAUCGUGGGAGCACUAAUUUGGGAGUAAACCAAGCUGGCUUUACUUUGCACUCUGCAAUUUAUGCGGCCCGACCUGACGUUAAGUGCAUUGUGCACAUCCACACCCCGGCAGGGGCAGCGGUGUCUGCAAUGAAGUGUGGUCUGUUGCCAAUCUCACCUGAAGCACUUUCGCUAGGAGAAGUAGCUUAUCAUGACUACCAUGGUAUCUUAGUGGAUGAUGAAGAAAAAGUGCUCAUUCAGAAAAAUCUGGGACCGAAAAGCAAGGUCCUGAUUCUCCGAAACCACGGCUUAGUAUCAGUUGGAGAGACUGUCGAAGAAGCAUUCUACUAUAUUCAUAAUCUAGUGCUUGCCUGUGAGAUUCAAGUACGUACCCUGGCCAGCGCAGGUGGACCUGACAAUUUAGUACUUUUAGAUCCUGGAAAGUAUAAAGCCAAGUCUCGUUCCCCCGAGUCUCCAGCAGGUGAGGGGACUGUGUCCCAUCCAAAAUGGCAGAUUGGCGAACAGGAGUUUGAAGCUCUUAUGCGAAUGCUUGAUAAUCUGGGUUACAGAACCGGCUAUCCUUACCGAUGCCCCGCUCUGAGAGAGAAAACUAAAAAGUUCAGCGAUGUCGAGAUCCCAGCCAGUGUCACAGGUUACUCCUUCACUAGUGACGGUGAAUCAGGCACUUGCUCCCCUCUCAGGCACAGUUUUCAGAAACAGCAGCGGGAGAAGACAAGGUGGCUGAACUCUGGCCGAGGGGACGAUGCUUCUGAAGAAGGGCAGAAUGGUGGCAGCCCCAAGUCGAAGACUAAGGUGUGGACGAACAUUACACACGAUCACGUGAAACCCUUGCUGCAGUCUCUCUCGUCCGGUGUCUGCGUGCCAAGCUGUAUUACCAACUGCUUGUGGACUAAAGAGGAUGGACAUAGAACUGCCACCUCUGCUGUCCCUAACCUAUUUGUUCCGUUGAACACAAAUCCAAAGGAGGUCCAAGAAAUGAGGAACAAGAUCCGGGAGCAAAACUUACAAGAUAUUAAAACUGCAGGCCCUCAGUCACAGGUUCUUUCUGGGGUAGUUGUGGACAGGAGUCUCGUACAGGAUGCUCCCCUCUCAGACUGUACGGAAACUAUUGAAGGGCUCGAUCUCAAAGAGCAGGCCUUUAGUCCCGCUAAAUCUCUGUCUGUUAGAAAGGGCGAGCUGGUGACUGCGUCGAAGGCCAUAAUUGAGAAGGAGUAUCAGCCACGAGUCAUAGUGAGCACGACAGGACCAAAUCCCUUCAACAAACUCACGGACCGGGAGCUGGAGGAGUAUCGCAAAGAGGUGGAGAGAAAGCAGAAGGGGCCGGAAGAAGCCUCGGAGGACGGCGGGGAGCAGAAGGAGAGGAGCCCCCCGGCGCCCGCCGCGGCUCGCACGCCGCCCAGCACCCCGACCAGGGCCCAGGAAGGGCCGCAGCAGGAGCAGCCGUGCGGAGACGACAGUGACGCUGCAACGUUCAAGCAAACCCUCCCGGACCUGAGCCCCGACGAGCCUUCCGAAGCCCUCGGCUUCCCUCCCGCCACGGGGGAGGAAGGGAGGCGCGAGGAAGACCUGCCCGGGAGCCACCCCCCGUCCCCGGCCGCGCACAAGGAGGAGCCCCAGGCUCGAGGCACCCAGGAGCCGCUCACGCCAACGGCUGAGGAAGGGGCGGCCGCCGACGCGGGUAGCGAUGAGUCCCCGGGGAAGUCCCCCUCCAAAAAGAAAAAGAAGUUUCGCACUCCUUCCUUCCUGAAGAAAAACAAAAAGAAGAGUGACUCCUAAAGGCUAAACACACUGCAGACACACUGUCAUCUUUUAAAAGUCAUUAACCACUAGAAUGUACCAGAUUGUACUGUUUUGUCUUAUUAUGUAAAUGAAUGCAGCAAGUAACCCAAGCAGCCCCCUCGAGUUAUGGCUUGAUUGUUUCAGAUUAUAACCAGAAAUUGAUGUGCAGAAAGGUGCUAAUCCUGUGUGCUCAGCAGCCGCCACUGAUCUGAUCCCCACUUUGUAAACAAUGUAAAUGACCCCCGUUAGAAGGCAUCAGAUCACUGUUUUUAAUUUGAAGCCCGUGCUGCUUUAAGUAAGGAUACAACUAGUUGUCACAAUUAAAGCUGCCCCCAGCUGGCUUGCCACAAGGAGUGCUCUGCUUUGCUGUGCUGCCGGGCUCGGCUUUUUGCAAAUCCCAACUUGUGGAUCAGGCGCUGGGAUCCCGUGGCGCUUCCCGGAGCUCGGCG